GUUUCCCCAAAUUCCCCCCCCAAAAUUUCAAUCAAUAGAACACAAAGAACUGUUAGAAAGAAGCACUUUAUUCUUUUUUGCUAGAGAACUCAAAAACCAUUCUUGCACUCCGUUAUCAUCAUGUCCCAGGAGACGGGACUCUGGAGUGUCCGUCGACCACGAGAGACACUUGGUGGCAUUAAUCCCAAUUCCGCGAUACCUCAACCUCACUCAGCAAUGAAAAGAUCCAAUUCCAUUGGAAAUGGAGGCUCCAGCUUCUCGGGUAGUCAUAUGCGAUCGAUGUCGGGAUCUAGGCAAUCCCUCGCCCUCGGUCGCCCAAGUCAGCCCAUGUUUUCGCGAUCAUCUUCUGGUACCAACUUACCCGACUUGGGAGGUUCUGCAGUAAAGCGCUCUUCAUUCCAAAAUCCUCCCGGCUCUACACUAAAAAGCUAUGCAUCUGGUAGCUUGCCAAUGCGAAACUCGGAAAACGAACGAAGGAGUAGUAUUUACCGAUCUCGAACAUCAACAAAUGGCCCAGGCGCGCAUCAGAGCUUCUUCCAACAAGCGCCGCAAGCAGCUGGUGUACCACGCGACCCGCGACCAUUGAAGGACCGCUCGUUCCAAGCGCGCAUCGGUCAAGAACUCCUGGAUUUUUUAUCGCAACAUAACUUUGAGAUGGAGAUGAAACAUACUCUAUCGCAUAAUAUAAUCAAAUCGCCUACCCAAAAGGAUUUUAACUACAUGUUUCAAUGGCUAUACCAUCGUAUCGACCCGAGCUAUCGAUUCCAGAAAAAUAUCGAUCAAGAGGUUCCUCCAAUUCUAAAACAGCUACGUUAUCCUUACGAGAAGAGCAUUACUAAAUCGCAAAUCGCGGCUGUUGGUGGUCAAAACUGGAGCACCUUUUUGGGCCUACUUCACUGGAUGAUGCAAUUGGCACAAAUGCUCGAAGGGUAUACGUGUAAUCGCUAUGAUGAUGCUUGCAUUCAAAAUGGUAUAGACGUUAGUGGCGAUCAUAUCAUUUUCGACUUUUUAAGCUCAGCGUACCGGGAUUGGCUUGCUAUGGACGAGGAUGCUGGUGACGAUGAUGCGGAAAGAGUUCUUGCACCGCACGUGGAGAGUAUGGCGAGGGCUUUCGAGAGGUCAAACUCGAAGUACAUAACAGAGCUCGAGAUGCUCGAAGCAGAGAACGCUGGACUGCUCAAGCAAAUCGAAGACCUUGAGAAGUCUACCCCUGACCCACGUGUUCUUGACAAUCACUUCAAAAUCAUGGAAGAGGACAAGGUUAAAUUCGAAGAGUAUAAUGCACUAGCGGUAUCUCGAUCCGAUAAAUACGAGAGCCGCAUUCAAGUCUUGCAAGAAGAGCUCGAUAAGUUGAUGCAAGAACUGAAGGAAGCGGAAGAUGAACGACGCGCUUUGCAGAAAGAAGUCGACGACCAAGGUAUUAGCAUGCAGGAUAUUGACCGCAUGACCUCGGAACGCGAAAGACUGCAAAAGGGCAUAGAGAGCGCGACGCAGCGACUUGACGAAGGGAAGAAAAGGGUAGCAGAAAAGGAGAUGGAGGCCAGUCGCAAGCUUGACGAACUGGAGAGACUCGUUGACAAAUAUAAUACGCUCGCCUAUCAAAUUGGACUGAUUCCCGCAACAGCCGUCAACGCCAAGGGCGUCGCAUACGAGUUAGCAGUAACUGUCAACGAGUCGGACUUUACAGGCUCUAUUGUGAAAGGCUCUUACUCAAGUGGAGGUGGAAGCGAACGCCUACUAGCUGAUCCAGUAACGGGUUAUCAGCCAGCACAUAUUCUCAACUUGGAUCUCCGCGGGCAUGUUAAGAACAACUUCCUAGCCCUACGUAAGGAGGUAUCCGAGCGAAGAACAGCGGCCAUGGAUGCCAUGAUGAAGGAUCACGAUCUGCUUGACGGAAUUAAGGAGGCCAUCGAAGAUAAGCGGAACGAGGUUGAGGCGCUCGAACACAGAGUCAGGGCCGCUGAAGAGGAAUAUGAGAAGACCAAGGAGGUCACCACGACGCAAAAACUAGCCUCGGAUACACAAAUCGAGAAGAUGGAGAAAGAACUCGCCAAGAUGCGAGCUCAACUCACGGAGUCCGUGCAGCUUAUGGAGCAGAGAGAGAUGAACACAAACAUCGAAUAUGAACAAUUAACUCUCCGAGCGAAUGCAUUACGUGAAGAGCUCCACACCGAGAUCGAGAGGAUGUUAAACGACAUCAUCAAGUUCAAGGUGCAUAUCCAGAAGAACUUGGAAGAUUACGAAGGUUUCGUAGCCGACGAGCUCGAGAAGGAACUCGGUAGUGACGAGAUGAGAGACGAUACCCGCGGUCUUGAUAUUUAAUUCGGGUUUCGUUCUUCUGGGUUAUUGUCACGUUUUAUGUUAUUCGUGGUGUAUGGAGUUAUUUGGUUGGACUAUACCUAUUGGACGACCAUAAUGAUUGACGAUGAUGCGGCGGACGUUCUCAUGGCUGGUGGUUUGGUUGAUUGGUUAGGUAUUCCCCCGUUGUAUGA